CCGAUCAGCUGCAGCUUCUAGGGGGGCUGCUGAUAAAACAUAGCUUAGCUCUGCCGACAGCAGGUAAAUGUGGCGGUAGGCAGGAUGGUCCUCGGCUGACAGGGGCAGUUUUAGCCCGAGUCCAGACAGCGUCUAUAACCUGGAAACCCUCCGUCAGUUGGAGCUGUUAGCUCAGCGGAGUGAAGUGAAGGUGUACCAUGAGUGGCCAGAGUCCAGCCGUGGAUAAAGGAAUGAACACUAUCCUGGUCUGCCAGGAGAGCUACGCCUGUGGAGGCUCAGACGAGGCCGCGUUUGAAUGCGAUGAAUGCAGCAGCUUGCAGUGUGCCCGCUGUGAACUGGAGCUCCACCGGCAGGAGCGCAUGAGGAAUCAUGACCGGGUUCGGAUCACAGCGGGUCACGUUCCCUUCUGCGACUCCUGUAAAGGCAACAACAGCUGCGCUGUCAGACUCAGAGCAGUGGUGCGUUGCCAGGGCUGUAAGAUCAACUUGUGUUUGGACUGCCAGAAACGCACCCACGGUGGAGUAAACAAGAGGAAGCACCCUCUGACGCCUUAUCCCCCCGCCAAGGCUCCUCAGGACAGUGGUGUAACUGACGGGGAGAUGGAGAUCUUCAAACUGAAGCUUGAGAAGGUGUGCAGCUUCCUGUUGGUUGACGAGAGGGAGGAAAUGCAGGUGAACAAUGAGGAGGACUUUGUCAGCAGACUGGGCUGCAGCCCAGAUGAACUGCUCAAGGUGGUCUCCAUAUUUGGCAACACUGGGGAGGGAAAAUCUUACACCCUGAACCACACUUUCUUCCUUGGGAGAGAAGUAUUUAAGACAUCCCCUACACAGGAGUCCUGCACCGUGGGUGUUUGGGCAGCUUUGGACCCCAUUCAUAGAGUUGUAGUCCUUGACACAGAGGGAUUGCUCGGGGCUGGAGCUAAUCAAGGUCAGCGGACCAGACUGCUCCUAAAGGUCCUAGCUAUCUCUGAUGUGGUUAUCUACAGAACCCAUGCAGACCGUCUCCAUGAUGAUCUCUUUAAGUUCCUUGGAGACGCAUCAGACGCCUACCUAAAACACUUUUCUAGGGAGCUGAAGGUAACCACGGCCCGCUGUGGUCUGGAUGUUCCCUUGUCCACACUGGGUCCUGCGGUGAUCAUUUUCCAUGAGACCGUCCACACCAAGCUUCUGGGAUCAGACAAACCCUCUGAAUCUGCUGAGCGUCUGCUCCAGGACCGUUUCAGGAAACUGGGGCUUUUCCCCGAGGCUUUCAGCUCCAUCCAGUACCGCGGGACUCGCACCUACAACCCUCCCACAGACUUCAGUGGUUUGCUGCGCAGCCUGGAGCAGCAGCUGGAUAACAACAACACCCGAUCACCGCGCUCUGCAACCGUUGUCUUCAAGGCUCUUCAGGCCUUGAGUGAGCGUUUCUGUGGGGAGAUUCCAGAUGAGCAAAUGACCAGUAACUCCUUUUUCCCAGAUGAGUACUUCACCUGCUCCAGCAUAUGCCUCAGCUGUGGAUCAGGUUGCAAGAGAAGCAUGAAUCACCUAAAAGAGGGAGUCGACCACGAAGCCAAACAUCGCUGCCGCUACUCUGCGCAAUCAGACAACCGCAUCUACACUUGCAAGGCCUGCUAUGAAGGGGGGAAGGAAGUGAUAGUGGUUCCCAAAACGACGGCGUCUUCUGACUCACCGUGGUUUGGCUUGGCUAUCUACGCCUGGUCGGGAUAUGUAAUCGAGUGUCCGAACUGUGGAGUGAUCUACAGAAGUAGACAGUACUGGUAUGGAAACCAGGAUCCAGUGGAAACUGUGGUGAGGACGGAGAUCCAGCACAUCUGGCCUGGGUCUGAUGGCUUUUUGAAAGACAACAACAAUGCUGCUCAAAGGCUGUUGGAUGGAGUCAAAUUCAUUUCUCAGUCUGUGUCUGAACUCAGCGUCAAACCGGCCAAAGCGGUCACCUCCUGGCUGACCGACCAGAUCGCUCCCUCCUACUGGAAACCCAACUCUCUGAUCUUGAACUGCCAUAAAUGUGGGGAAGAGUUUCAGCCCAAUGACACGAAGCACCACUGCCGUGCCUGCGGAGAGGGUUUCUGCGACGCCUGCUCCUCCAAAACCCGGCCGGUCCCGGAGAGGGGCUGGGGGCUGGCGCCAGUCCGCGUCUGCGAUGCCUGCUUUCAAAACAGAGGGAUCUCAACUGAGCUACUUGAUGCUGCCUUAGAGGAAGAAGGAGGUACCCUGAUAGCAAGAAAGGUUGGAGAGGCGGUUCAAAACACUUUGGGUGCCGUAGUUGGUGCCAUUGACAUACCUUUAGGUUUAGUAAAAGACGCUGCUCGUCCUGCAUACUGGGUCCCAGACCAGGAAAUCGAGUUCUGCUGCGAGUGUCGCAGGGAGUUCACUCCACGUCUGUCCAUCCACCACUGCCGCGCCUGUGGCAAGGGCGUCUGCGACGACUGCUCCCAGGAGCGCCGCCCCGUGCCGUCCCGUGGCUGGGACCACCCGGUGCGGGUCUGUAAUGGCUGUGUCCAGAAAUCUGGGGAACUCUAGCAGGACACCUAGCUGGACUGAUUAAAUGGCACAAGACCUCCCAAGAACACUAGAGGCUAGAACCUCAUACCGUCCUUGAAGCUGCGGGAAAACAAACCAGUCUAACACUUUGAUCGGUUUCAUCAGACUGACUUCUAUAUGCCUAAAAUUCACACAGUGAAUACCUGUUAAAAUAGACUUGACUUGAAUAUUAGGAUG